AUGACGUGUGGCGGUAACUCCCUUUCCCAGCAGCCCAUUUCAUCUCCGUCAUCCGGAGAACUGCAAAGCGAGCUCAACUCCUUCCUGUGGACCAUAAAGCGAGACCCUCCCUCGUACUUCUACGGCACCAUUCACGUCCCGUACACGCGCGUCUGGGACUUCAUCCCCGAGAACUCCAAGCAGGCCUUCCAGCAGAGCAGCAUCGUGUGCUUCGAGCUGGACCUGACCGACCCGUACACCAUCUCCGCUCUGACCAGCUGCCAGCUGCUGCCGCAGGGAGAGAACCUGCAGGACCUGCUGCCCAAAGAUAUCUACCGGCGGCUCAAGAGACACCUGGAGUACGUCAGGCUCAUGCUGCCGUCCUGGAUGACGCCAGAGCAGCGGGGCAAGGGCCUGUACGCAGACUACCUGUUCAACGCCAUCGCCGGGAACUGGGAGCGCAAGCGGCCCGUGUGGGUGAUGCUGAUGGUCAACUCUCUGACCGAGGCCGACAUCAAGACGCGCGGCGUUCCUGUGCUGGACCUGUACCUGGCGCAGGAGGCCCAGAGGAUGAGGAAGAGGACGGGAGCCGUGGAGAAGGUGGAGGAGCAGUGCCAUCCUCUGAACAGACUCAGCUUCUCUCAGGUGGUCUUUGCUCUGAAUCAGACGUUGCUGCAGCAGGAGAGUCUCCGCGCCGGGGGCCUGCAGGUGCCUUACACCACAGAGCACCUGAUCAAGCACUACAACUGUGGAGACCUCAACUCCAUCAUCUUCAACCACGACACCUCGCAGGUGCCGAGCUUCAAGAACGCGACGCUGCCGGCGAGCGAGCAGGUGACGGCGCAGGAGAUCGAGCGCUACUUCAGACAGGAGCUGAUCUACACGCGUAACGAGCGCAUGGGCCGCCGCGUCAGAGCGCUGCUGGAGGAGCAGCCCGACAAGAGCUUCUUCUUCGCUUUCGGAGCAGGCCACUUUCUGGGAAACAACACUGUGAUUGACGUCCUGCGGAGUGAAGGUUAUGAGGUGGAGCACACGCCUGCUGGACAGACGCUACACAGCGGCAGAAGGUCCGGAGAGCUGGAGCCGUUCCUCCACGAGAGCAGAGAACUUCAGGAGGACGAGGAACCGCAUCUCCUGGAGCUCCUGGAGAAGGUGGAGCACAAGCUGAAGAAGAAGCACCGCAACAAGCAGAAGAAGCAGCGCCAUCGUCAGUUCAACGACCUCUGGGUGCGGAUGGAGGAGAGUGUGACGGCCGAGGCUCCGCCUCCUGUCGUCCGCAUCAUCAACGGUUACAUCCCAGUCCAGACACACCCACAGGAGCACGGCAGAGCCAAUCAGCACAGGACGUUCUCAGGCUCCUCCUCCUGGAGCCCCGCCCUCACUGCGACGGCUCUGUGUGUUCAGAUCCUGCUGCUGCUGCUUUCAUGACGUCUGAUGAGCUGCAGGUUCGAGUUUAACCCUGAACCUCACAGACUCUGAGCCGCCGCCUGCUUCAUGCUGGACUUACC